AUCUGAAAAAGAACCAAAAUGCGUUCUACUAUUUCCGUCGUCGUCUUGUAAAUCUUGGGGCCCGAAUUCACACACACACACACACACACACACACACACACACACACACGAUAUGCUUUGCCAACCAAUACAAAAGUUACUUCUCAUGUAAUCCGAAGCUCAGUUUGGGCCAACCCUCUUCGUUUUUACUCCUUUUCAGUUCUUGGUGUGGUUUGGUAGGAAAAUGGGUCCCGUUUUUUCUUGAUGGUUGUUGCAGUUCACAUGGGUAUUUCAACUGGGGUUCUAUUCAAAAUCUUGGAAGAAAGAGAAAGAAACUGGAGGGUUUUGAAAUGGGUUGUUUCUGUUGAUGGGUUUUGUGGUUUUGGAUUUUUAGAAAACGGAUUUGCGUUGGAUUGUCCUGGUUCUUUAUGGAGAUUGCAUUCUUGGCGUUGAUGCUCUGGUAAAGUUUUCAUUUUGGUCUUUUCCGUGUUAGCUUGAGGAGUGAGGGUGUCUGAACUUCGGUCUUGUUGAUUGUCUGAGUUCAAUCAUACUUUUCUUGUUUGGUCUUUUUGGUUUGUUGUCAUGAAUGGUUUUAAGAAUCUUUUGCCAUGGGACGACCAAUUUAUCAGAAUCUGAGGUUUGUUUAGUUCUUGAUUUGAAUGCUGAGGUGUUGGUGUUGGUUUUGGAUUGUCUGUUUUGGAAUUUGUUGUGAAGAAUUUUUAAGGUAUAUCUGGCUGCAUUUUGUUUAUAUUACUGCAUUUUCCCAACCUUUUAUGACUGGAACAAUACCGGAGAUUGAUUUUGGUGGUUCUGUAACCUGUCUUUCUGUGGACCUUCCAUGCCAAUGAAUUUCGAUGGUUAAGGAUUGACAACCGGCGAAGAACUUUUUGUGCUGAACUGGUUUAGAAGUUUUCUUUGUUCAAAGGACUCCGAAAAUGGAUGUUUGGAUUGUUGCAGCGGCUGCUGGUGCUGGAUAUGUAGCUCAGCGUCUGAAGAAUCUUAAGAGUAAGCAUAAUUGGUCAGAUUUGUCUUAUGAGAACCAUAAUAAUGUUAGACCUGGGUCCUCGAGUAUUAGACAGAAGGUACCAGAUAAGAGCUGUCCAAUCCGCAGAGUGUUGUUGGGAAAAUGUUUUGAGGAAGAAAUGUCUAGAGAAGGAGAAAAGUCUUGCAGAGAUGCUUUUACUGCAGAUAUUGCUUCAACUAGUGGAUAUAAAGAUGAAAAUCUGGUAAUGCUGGAUAACUUUGCGACUUAUGGUACACAUUCUGAUUCAAAUUCUUUAGCUGGGUUUGGGAACAGUGAAGAUAUUCGAGGGGAUUUGGAAGGUAGAGUACCUUCCAGCAUUGGUGAAGUUAUUACUAAUGAUUCAUUGCCUGAACCUUCUUCAAGAGAGAUGGGUUUUUCUUAUGGUUUUAGGAAACAGAGAAGUAGCAUUAGAAGUAGAAGGAUUAAUAGUCAAUUCAUACAACCCCGAACUUCUCUUGAAAGUUGUCUUAUGGCUCAGUUAUACAAAGAAUAUGCUGAAAUUGAAGAAUACAUUUAUUGUCCCAGUCCACUUCAGAAACCGACUUUGAGACCAUUUAUUGUGACUGAUGGAAGCAGAAUUAUCAGCAGAACUCCUCAAGAUUACAUCAGUGAACCGAGUGGAACAGGGAAAUGUAAGUUGCAGAAGGAUACCUAUGCACAGGAGAGGACGACUGUACUUGGUGUUCCAAGACUCCCCAAUGUUGCAUCUGUGAAGUUACAAAAGAACGCUAAAGCUAGAAAAGGAAAGGAGCCUAUUCUAAGAAGAACUGACUCUAGUAAACUGGCCAAUGGAAACCACAACAAUGCGCCAGGAUCAUCUGAUGGGGCUCUUCUUUUCUACUUCGGAUUAACAAUGGGCAUUAUAUCUUCUUUCUUGGCAAAUAAACGGGAAAUGGAACAGUUGAAUAAGUUGUUGAAGCAGUCUGAGAAUCUGGUUCAAGAUCUCCAAGAUGAGCUUGAGAUGAAAGAUUCUUUAACUGUAAAGGAGCUUGCUGUAGAGGAUUAUGAAUCACAGGACAUGCAUAAUGAUCGUUGCUCUGAUGAUGCUGUACAUGCUUUGUCUCUUGUUCAGAAAUUGAAUGAUGCUUCAAGGUAUUCUAAUGAGGACCAUUGUGAUCAGAAGGCUGAUGAGGAAUCUUUAAGUAAAAUUGAAGCAGAGCUUGAAGCUGAGUUGGAGAGAUUGGCAUCAAACAUGAACUCGUCCAGAUUGGAAAGAAAAAUAUCCAGCACAGCUGAGCUUGAUCCAAAUUUUGUGUCGGAUGUUGUCAAGGGGGAAUUAAGAGCCGACUUGUUUGGUGCCAAGACCGGUGACCAACCUUAUGCUGAUCGGGAUGGAAGCGGUAACUCCACACCCCACUCAGCCCACUACUCCAUCUCCCCCAGAGAGCUGAGUUUGCGCUUGCAUGAAGUCAUCCAAUCAAGACUUGAACAACGAAUAAAGGAACUUGAAACAGCACUCCAGAACAGCCAGAGAAAGGUCAAGUACAUGGAAUCCGAGCAUGUGCGUCCAUCAAGGGAGAUCUCAGACAACAAAACAGGAACUUCCUCCACCCGUGAUAGCCCGGUUGCUAAAAACUGGCCACAAUCUAUGGACCAGCCCGUCGUUAUCAAUUUAUCAGGUGAUGCUCUGGCUGCAUACAAUGAGGCAUACGAAGAGUUCACAAAGAUCUCUGACUCAGACGAGGAAGACUUGCAGUUUGGGUUUGAGAACAGUGUUCGGGUUCAAGAUGGGGACAUGAAACAGUAUUUGUUCUCCAAUGGGAGUCGAGAAAUGGUGUUUGAUCGAAGAACUGAGGAAGAGCUUCACACCAUGUCAAAUGAUAUUGUGUGCAGCAGCCAGGAUGAGAGUGAAGAUGAUGAAAUGGAGAAGCUGUUGAUACAGCAAAUUAUAGAGAAAGCAAGGAAAGGCUCUCCUGCAGUUUUGAAAGCUCAAAGAGCAUUAUUAUCAACCGAUGAACAUUGACAUUAAAGAAAAGCAAAUAAAGGAAAUAGAAGGGUAAAAAUUGCAGAGCACAAUAGUUGUAUGCUGAGUUUGCAUCUUUUUUGCUCUGUUAAUAAUUUUUUGCAGUCUGAUGUUUCAUGAUUUAUCAAUGAAGAUUUCAUACUUGUUUUCAACCUUUGCAAUAGAGCUCAUCGCAGACAAGUUACUAAAGAUCUUGAAAUCCGAAAUCCUACUCCUUCAAUUAUGUCAAGUUACAAUUAUGAUUGUGCAGAACUUCAAUCGAUAGCUUCUGAAAGUGACAUUGAUUCAAAAACACUAAACAUGAAAAGAACCAAAUACAACAUUCGAGCUAUAAAUUUUAAGACACUAACAUAAACCACGCACAAGAAGAAAUAGCUCAAGAGA